UUUUGUUUGCAAAUUUAAAAAGAAAUUAAAUUUGAUUUGCAAAUUUAUAUAUAAAAUAAAUGGAUAUUCCAGGUUUAAGUAUUUUUCAGGGUGGAGGUAGUAUUCAAAUAAAUACCUCUGCUAAUCAAUUGGAAGAACAAGAAGCUCUGGAAGAUCAAAAGCGUCGAAAUGAAGAAUUGGAAAAUGAAUUACAAAAUGCCUUUGAUGAUUUGAGUGAGGAUGAAGAUUAUACAAUUAAUAGUACAUCUAAUAUAAAAUCUCACUACAACCGUGAUGAAGAUGAGUGUGUUGGUGGACCAUUUAAUAAAGAAAGUUUACAAGAAAAUAAUGAAAAACAAAAUUUAUUAACAAAUGAUAAUUAUGGAUUUGAUAAUAAAAAAGAUAAAAAAAUGCAAGGAUAUAUUGAUGAAAUUCAACAUCUAACUAAUGUUAUCGAAUCUAAAAACAAUGAACUUGAAACCAUAUCAAAACUUUUGCAUGACGAAAAGAAAAAAACCGAAGAACUUAAUAAACGUUUGGCCUUAUCAGAGGCAGAAAAGUGUAGGGCUCAAAUGGCAAAACAACAAACUCAUGAAUUACUUGUUGAAAGCAAAGCAAAAUUUUCAGAACUAGAAGAUUCGACAUCAAAACUAAAAGCUAAAAUUAAAACUUUGGAGGAUUGCAAUAUUAAAUUAGAGCAGGAUCUUGAAAGGACCAGAUUGAUGUUGUCAGAGGUUCAACAAAAAUAUCACAUGGUUGAAAAAAAUGCUGGUUUCAAUGCCGAUAGACGUGUCGAUAUUUUGAUGAAACAAACAAAUGAUCGUCAUAAAGCCCAAACAGAAAUAUUGCAACAGCAGUUAGAUAAUAUACGAGGUAAACUAGAAGAUAAAGAAAGAGAACUUAAUGCAUUAGAUGUUCGGUAUAAAGAGCUCCAAAGAAAUAGAGAAGCUAUAUUAAUAGAUAAAUCAGAAACCAUAAAUCAACUGGCAAAAAGUCUGGAAGAAUCUCAACAACAAUGUCAGAAAUUAAUGACAAAGAAAGAUUUCGCACAAGAAAAUGUUGCACUAAAACGAGUAAUAGAAGCUUUAGAACAACAAUCAGAUCACCAACAGAAAACAAUCAUGGAUUUACGUAGCCGUUUAGAUGCAACUUCUGCUGAAUUAGCUAUAUUGGAUAGUGUUUUGCAUGAAAAUAUGGACUCAGAUAACAAUAGUCCAAAAAGAAUAAAUUUUGCGAAACAAAACUUGGCUGAAAGUACCCCACUAACUACUAACGACAGGUUAGAUAAACUUAAAAAUGAAUUAUAUCGAAGUAUGGCUAGUCAAAAAGCUAAACGUGAAGAAAUCAAGAAAUUACAAACGGAAAUAGAAAGCAAAAAUUUAGAAAUAAAACAUUUGCAUACCGAAAUUGAUAAUAAAAAUAAAGAAAUUAAAGAUUUAGGGAAAGAAUUACAUUACAAAGACGAAGAUAUUAAAUCGUUAAAAGAAGAAGAAAAUAAGUGUUUAGUACUGAUCGCCACUUUAAAAGAAGAAAAAAUUCGUUUCGAAAAUAGGAUCAUUAUAUUGGAAAAUGAACUAGAUCAAGCAAAUAAAAGAAAAUCGGAUACACGCAAAUCUACUUCAUUAGAAAUUGAAAAUGCAAGGUCUCAAGGUGAACAAAAUACUUUUGAAAAUGAAAAUCAGAAAAUUAAACACAUUCGUAAAUCUCCGCCUAAAACAGAUGAGAACAAAUUUCAUAUUUUGGAUAUUCAAUUAAAAAAUUUAAAUAUAGAUCUAGAAGAACUAAAACAAGAACAUGAAAGUUUGAAAAAUAACUAUGAAGCUAUCUUAAAGGAGAAUAAAGACUUAAAGGAUUGUAAGAAAAUUGAUUCGCUAAUGCUCGAAUUGGAGAAACAGAAAUUUUUGCUUGAGGAUGCUCAAAAAGAGUGUAAUCGGGUUAAGAAUCUAUAUAUUGAGGUUUGCAAUGAUAAAGAGCAAAUUUUAAUGGAACUAGACCAAUUAAAAUCAAAAGAUAUUUUUAAAGACUUACGAGAAGAAGAAGAAAAAUCUACAAAUUUGCAAAGGGCCUUGCAACUAGCUGAAAUGAAAAGUUCAGAGCUUACAAAAUUAUUAGAAAUCGAAAAAUCAAACAGGGAAAAUGAAGUUAAAGAUUUAAAAGAGAAAAUAAGAAAAGAAAAAACUGAAAGUUCUAAAAGUAAUAACGCAGCACUUAAUUGUUCUAAAUGUCUUCAUUAUACCGCUGAUAUUACAAAGCUCGAAAUUUCAAAUAUUAAAUUAGAAAACCAAUGUGCCAUAUAUCGUAAACAAGUAAAUGAUUUAAGAGAACAAUUAUCACAAUCUGAAAAAUGCAUAACAGAACUCAGAGAAAAAUUAGAGCUUAAAGAAGAACAAGAAAAAAUUAUUUCUGAUUUAAAAGAAAAAGCCCACCAGUUUGAAGAAUAUAUUGAGACGUGUCGUAGUAGUAAUGCACACAAUUGCAGUCCACGAGAAACAGGUUCAAAUAGUACAUCAGGUAUAUCAUCACCAAAACCUACAACGACGGCACAAACGACCUCCCGUAAUCAAAAUAUUGAAACAUCGCCUGAAUUUCAAAAUAAACUGCGACGAGAAAUUGAAUCAACAAUUCGCGAUGAUAUGGCAAAAAUUUUUGCUAAAGAAAUAAAAUCCAUUGAAGAACAUUUUAAUUCACGUAUAAAAGAACUUGAAGAUUUAAAUAUGUCAUUAAAGAAAAAUUUGCAAAAACUUAAUCAUGAGUUAACGUCUCGUCAAAACGAAGUGCAAUUAUUAAAAUAUACAGUAAUAGCUGAACGCGAAAAAUUUGACGAAAUUACAAAUACAAAAGAUAUACAAAAUGAAAAAAAUUUACAAAAAUAUAAAGAUAUUUUACAAAAAUGCCGUGAAGAAUUAAAGUCAAAACAAGAUCGCAUUAAAGAACUUAUAAAAGAGCUAGAUGAGAGGAAUUUUCAAAUUGAGAAUGAAAGACAAUCAAUGAAAGCUGUUAUGAAACAAUGGGAAGAAAGCCGUAGUUUAAGUGAUAAAAAGGAACUUGAAAUGUUAAAAUGUAUUGAUGAAAUGAAACAAGAACAUUCUAAAAUUAUUGAAUCAUGGAAAGCUAAAUAUGAAUCUGCUAAAAGAACUGCUAACAAUUACAAGUUAUAUUCAGAGGAGAAAGAACAACAUCUAAUGAAAGAAUAUGAAAGAAUGAAGACUGAAUUUGAAUUAGCUAGAACAAAACUAAAGAAUAAAUUUCAUGAUUGUGUAGAGAAGACAUCUCUAAAUAAGAAUCUAAGUUAGAAUUCUAAUUUUUAUUCGAUAUUAACAAAUUUUCU